AUGCCUCUCUCUUGUCACAAUCCCACAAUCCCACAAUCCAUUAUCCACAACUCCACAGUCGCAAGAGCAGACGGAGAGGUACCUUUGCUCGGAUACCUUCCUGCUGCGGCGAUGAGAGCGGGCCUCCAAUCCGAGUCAUUGCCUGGAACCGUGGCGAAGGCGAGGAUUUCCCCUUAUCCACCAGGCGGCGACCGGGUUCCACAAUGGAAGUUUUCUUACUCGGGUGUGUUGCAAAACUCUCGAGGUAUGAGUGGGUACAUACGUCAAUUACCCUUGCCAGAGCGCGAGGAACCCAGCAAGGAACCGCCGUCAUCCAGUCAGCGUCCAGACGGCCUGUCGAGACGGAGGGCCCACGGUCCCCGGACGAUGUCAUGGCCUGCCACGGUUCGUUUACAGUACGGAGUACAUACCGUCAUGGUUCCUUUGGCCGCGGCGGCCCUUGUGCCUGCUUCGUUGCAGGGACCGGCCAACAAGGGACAGACGGUGAUUACGGGGGUGAGGAACACGACCCAAACCAACGCACCGUCAAGGAUCGUACAGUACGGUAGGGAGGGGAGGUCCACCACACCGUCCAACCAAACAGGGAGAGCUUCGGGAUGCUCCAGCGAGAUACGGUCGCCCGGCCAGUCGGUCUGGAGACGGUGGAAACGGCCAAGCCCCCCGUCUCCAACCAGCGCCCUGGAUCCCAAAAUCUUGGGCGCCAUCUGGCCGCCAUUUUCUGCACGACGCAGAAGCCAACAGCCGCAGAAGCCCGCAGCCGGCCAGCGCCAGACAAGGCAGAAAAUCCACUGUGACGUCAGGCCCUUCUCCACCGCCAGGGCCCCCGCCAACAGUGCCCCGCCCGCCGGUCCGAAAGCCCUACACCUAUCAGCCGCGCCGACCGGCCCCACGCACGGGGUCCUGGGCCUUGAAAUGUGGCCAAAAGUCAGGUACCGGGCGGUUCGUCCGAGAUGGAAGCCUGGUGGGCGCACAGCGUCUUUACGUAGACAGGGAGGCAGGCAAACCGACAAAGUAGCUCCUAUCUCAGCUCAAACCAACCAACCAGCCAACCCUCCCAGUCCGCUCAGCUCCGCCCUUUUGGCAUGUAUCGCCGCCCUUUACGCACUACGCGCUACGCAACCGUACCGCUCGGUCUCUGCCCGUGGUCGCUUACCUACGGUGCGCAAUGACUCGUCCCAUUGGCUCCGUGGCGAUGCUUCUGGUGGCCCCCGUCUGCCCCUGGGCUGUCUUGUUUCAAUGGGCAUCCUGCGCUCGCAUGGCUGAAAACCCCGACGUCAGACAUCCCUGUCCCUAGCCAACAUGUAUUGCAAGAAUCGAGAUGGACGGCGCGAGGGGCACGAGUGGGGGAGGGGCGGCAUUAACCACCAUUACAGUGCGGGUGCGGGUGCGCUGCCGCGCGACGCCAUGCCGUACAGCAUGUCGACUUGUCGUCGAGUCGAGACGGUCAGCACAGGGAUACAUGGAGUUUGGUGCUUCGCGCAGACUUCCAGCGCGCUUGAGGCGGAUCUUGAAGGAUCUUGAAGAUGGAUUCCAAUGUUCUAGACCACCUCGGCCUUAAUUGUCUUCUGUGCGUUUAAUAAUAGUCCAUGUCUAGCUGACAAUCUGAGCGAAUAUGUGCACUUCGCCGUCAUCCCAGUCCUUCAUCCUAGCCUCAUCCUACAUCAAACAAAGCUACGUCUCCAAA